AUGAAGAUCUCUUCUUUUGCCGUUGCUCUCUUAAUUGCAACUCCUUUUCUUUCCAUCUCCUCGGUCGCCGCUAAUGGCCCCGCCAAUGGUUAUACCUUAGCUAGAAGAGCUGGCCCACCUUAUUCCAACAGCUCGAUUCCUUUAAGCAGCACACCUCCCAGCAGCACUCCUUCUUCUACUCCUUUGAGUAGCACUACACCCAGCAGCGCUCCUUCCUCUGCUCCUCAAUCUAGCAGUGCAGCUCCUAGCAGCGCUCCUUCCUCUGCUCCUCAAUCUAGCAGUGCAGCCCCUAGCAGCGCUCCUUCCUCUGCUCCUCAAUCUAGCAGUACAGCUCCUAGCAGCACUCCUUCUUCUACUCCUUUGAGUAGCACUACACCCAGCAGCGCUCCUUCCUCUGCUCCUCAAUCUAGCAGUGCAGCUCCUAGCAGCGCUCCUUCCUCUGCUCCUCAAUCUAGCAGUACAGCUCCUAGCAGCACUCCUUCCUCUGCUCCUCAAUCUAGCAGCGCAGCUCCUAGCAGCACUCCUUCCUCUGCUCCUCAAUCCAGCAGUGCAGCCCCUAGCAGCGCUCCUUCCUCUGCUCCUGUUUCUUCUCCCGUGGCUCAACCUGUAAGCAGUACUACUAACACCACUAGCAGCACUCCUUCUAGCACUCCUGCUUCUUCUUCACCAAGCAGUGCUCCAUCCUCUACUCCUUUAAGCAGCUCUGCUCCUACAAGCAGCAACACCACUAGCAGCGCUCCCUCUAGCACUCCUGCUUCUUCUACUCCUUUGAGCAGCUCUGCUCCUGCAAGCAGCAACACCACUAGCAGUGCUCCCUCUAGCACUCCUGCUUCUUCUACUCCUUUGAAUACGGCACCUGCUAGAAAUGCUACUACUCCUUUGAGUAGCUCUGCUCCUGCCUCCAACUCUAGCACCCCUGCUUCUUCUACUCCUUUGACUACAGCACCUGCUAGAAAUGCUACUACUCCUUUGAGUAGCUCUGCUCCUGCUACCAACUCUAGCACCCCUGCUUCUUCUGCUCCUUUGAACACUACCAGCAGUGCUGCUCCUACUGUUGCUCCUCACAGAAACACCUCUACUCCUUUGAACACUACUAGCAGUGCUGCUCCUACUGUUGCUCCUCACAGAAACACCUCUACUCCUUUGAACACUACUAGCAGUGCCGCUCCUACUGUUGCUCCUCACAGAAACACCUCUACUCCUUUGAACACUACUAGCAGUGCUGCUCCUACUGUUGCUCCUCACAGAAACACCUCUACUCCUUUGAACACUACUAGCAGUGCUGCUCCUACUGUUGCUCCUCACAGAAACACCUCUACUCCUUUGAACACUACUAGCAGUGCCGCUCCUACUGUUGCUCCUCACAGAAACACCUCUACUCCUUUGAACACUACUAGCAGUGCUGCUCCUACUGUUGCUCCUCACAGAAACACCUCUACUCCUUUGAACACUACUAGCAGUGCCGCUCCUACUGUUGCACCUCACAGAAACACCUCUACUCCUUUGAACACUACCAGCAGUGCUGCUCCUACUGUUGCUCCUCACAGAAACACCUCUACUCCUUUGAACACUACUAGCAGUGCCGCUCCUACUGUUGCACCUCACAGAAACACUUCUACUCCUUUGAACACUACCAGCAGUGCUGCUCCUACUGUUGCUCCUCACAGAAACACUUCUACUCCUUUGAACAACACCAGCAGUGCCGCUCCCACUGCUGUUCCUUCAAACAACAGUAAGCCUCAUCCUUCUGUCGUUACUACUGUAGAGUAUCACAACACCACUCAACCUGUUGUCAGCACAGUUACAGCCACUGAUACUGUGACAACACCUAGUGCCGUCGUUACUACUGCUACUGUUCCCACCUCAGUGGUGACAACUGUUACUGACAAUGCCAAUCCUACUGGUCCUGCUACUACCACCAGCCAGCACAGCACUGUAGCCACCGAAACUGGCCACAGUACAGUCCCUGUUGUCCAUACUAGUAUCUACACUACUGUAGUAACUGUCGGUGCUACAAGCACUGUUGCUGGUACAUCCGUCGUUCCUACUUCUGUCACCACCAAUGCUCCGAACAGUGAGACUGUUGUUACUGGUACUGAAACUACUACCGUCACUCCUAGUGCUGCUAGUACUCCUUCUGGCUACCUUGGUGGCGCUCCUCCUGAAAGUACACCAGCUCCCUAUACUGAAACUCAUCCCUACACGAGCACUAGCGUUGGCAACUUGCGUCAAACCAAGACUUUGCCUCGUACUGUCUCCUUGACUAGUACUGUGAUUGCCGGUACUACUACCUAUGCUGCUGCCACCACACCUGGUCCCGCUGGUUCUUCUGGCGCUCCCGGUGCUCCAGGCGCUCCCGGUGCUCCCCCUGCUAGCUCCGGCUUUACCAACGGUACUACUCCCAUGGUCAAUGUCACUAGCACGAUUCCCGCUAACGUUACGAUGACUUACAGCAACUACAGCACCAUUGUAACCGGCAAUGCUACUUCUACUUUCCCUGUUACCUAUCUCUCUACUGGUAACAGCAGCUUCGUUACAUCCACAACUCAAGCUGGUGGUGGUUUUGGAAACUGGACUACCGGAAACGCUUCUAACUUGAAGACUGCAUCUGAGACUUCUUCCGGAAGCGGUAGCUCCUCAUCUCAACCUUCUGCUGCUUCUCCAGGUUCAAAGGCUUCUGUCUUUUUGACCGGUCUCUCGAUCGUUGCUGUUUUCUUCUUUUUGGCUUAA